CCACUCCUGCUUCGACUCUCGACUUCGGACCUGUCAUGGCAGAUUCACUGGCUUAUCAGGGCCGUCAGCCUGAGCGGUUGUCUGCCGAGGUGUCUGCCUGCCCCUUCUAGGGCCUGCGGGACCCCUCUCCGGAUCCCAGCCGCGCACCCCCUCCCCCGACUUCCCCCACGGCGCUGGGGGUGGGGGUGGGGCCUGCGCCAGAGGUUCGCGGCCGAAGCUGGGCGACAAGUGUAAUUAGUCCUCCCGAUUGGAGGCGUUGCCUGCGGCCCGGGCCCCGCCCUCACCUGCGGACGAGGCCCCGCCUGCCCGCUGCGUCGCAGGUGCUUUCCUCGCCUGGUACUCCUCGGAUUCAGGGGCUCCACCUGCAGAUAAUCUGCAGCCCCAGCUGUUCCUCGGACAGGGCUCUGGCCUCCAGGGCUGCCUGGCAUCUGGGGGUUUCCUUGGAGUUCAAGCUCUUUCGGCAGAAGCCGCAGCUCAGCGGUGUCUUCAGGCCCCUCCAUGACUGAGGCAAACCAGACCAUCGUGAGUCCCUCAGAGCUCCCAACGGCAUCAGCCAUGUCCCCUGGACCGGGCACUGGGGCUCGGGCAUGGCCCGUGCUGGUAGGGGUUGUGCUGGGGGCGGUGGUCGUCUCUCUCCUCAUCGCGCUGGCUGCCAAAUGCCACCUUUGCCGCAAAUACCGAGCCAGCUACCAGCACCACCCGCUGUCCAGGACGGGGAAGGGGGUCUUCCCGGAGGUGGGCGAAGAGGAUGACGAUGGCUUCAUUGAGGACAAUUACAUUCAGCCCGGGGGUGGCGGGCUGGGGGCCGAGGGGAGCAGGGACAACUUUUCCUUCUGAGCCCCUAUCUUUGGACCCCCCCCCCCCCCCGCAUACCUGACAACUUAAAGAUAGUGGACCCUACAUGGGGGCCAGGAGCCUCAGAGAGAGAGGCAUCUGGGGCUUCAGGGCUAACCAGGGGUAGAGCAACCCUCCCUUCCCUGACAUGGAGCUACUAAAGUGACAGAUCUUCUCUUGCUCAGUAACCCUCAAUGGCUCCCUGCUGUUCUCAGGACAACUCCCAAGGGCUAGCCUAAGGAAAUAAGGCCUCUUUCAGCCCCUUGGUUCCUUUUCUUGCCUUUCCCAACUUCACUUCCUACCAAAUGGAUUAUUUGUUAUUCCUCUUCUCCCACAUGGUGUUUCUCCAUGCCAUCUUUGCGCACACUCUCUCCCGGGUACACUGGCCUUCUGUUCUCUCGAAUCCUCUAGGACAGAGGGCACCCCGGGGGGCUCACUUGGUUGAGUGGCUGACUCUUGAUUUUGGCUCAGGUCAUGAUCUCAGGGUCCUGGGAUGGAGCCUUGCAUCAGGCUCCCCGCUGAGGAUUCGCUCUCUCCGUCUGCCCCUCCCCCAGCUUGCACACACACUCUCUCUGUCUUUCUCUGUCUCUCAAACAAAUAAAUACAUCUUAAAAAAAAAAUCCUCUAUGGCAGUGAUGAAAAUCCCUGGCCAGUAGAGCCCCUCUGGCCCGCCUACCUGCCAGCAUUUCUGGUGUGGCGGGAUGGUAACACUUUAGCUGGUGGAAACCGGUGUGCCAAGUUUUUUACUGAAAUUUUUUCAAUGAAGUGAAUAAUCUGAAUGGUUAUCUGACAUUUUUCACGG